CUUCCCGGCAGCGCCGCCAGGGUCGUGGUUGCUCCGCCGCGCUCGCCAGUCGACCUAGCGACAUGGCCACAGGCGGCAGUGCGAGAGCGGGGGAGCCGCACCCGACGUCGCUGUUCCGCCUGCUGAAGCGCACCCCGUCUCUGGGCAGCCCCUCCCAGCCGCCCCCGCAGCCGCCCCCGAGACUGCCGCCGCUCACUGAUGGAGGAGGCGAGCACAGCUGCUCACAAGUCAUGCUCAGCAGGGAACCCGCAGCUGUUUUCCCUGAAGUUCACUUUAUCGACAGCUGCAAAAAAAGACUGCCAGAUCUGCAUGAAAAUGAUGUGAUAGAAGAACAGGCUGUUGGACAUGAUUUCAUUCUGUACCAAGCCCUGUUCCAUGAGGUGAGGAGUAUUGUACCUCAGUGGGAAGUUCCUACAAAUGGAAAAAGUAUAUAUUACAUGUUACUUGGUUUCAAAACUCGGGACCACAGUCUUUCCCAAGUUAUGGAAGACUCCUGGAGAGAAUGGACAUCAGCUCGUUACAUCUACCUUAACCUGCCAGAUGAACUUGGACUGACACGGAUCUCUCUCUAUAGACAGAAAAUCCCUUGGUCAAUAAACAUAUUUUCAUAUAUUGUUCUAGUAGAGUGCCAAAAUGUUUCAAGCAAGGAGGAUCAGACAGUACUCUCUGAUUUUGCACAAAGACUAAGAGCUGAGAGAAUUACUGGCUACAUAUCUGUAUAUUGUUGUGAGAGGCACAAUUUGCUUCCGAAUGGGACAGCACAUCAUCCACUGACAAAUGGAAUCACAAAUGGUUUCAGUGAACAUGGACCACCAAUGUGUCACAGGUACACCACAUCAAAACUUUACUGAAAUAACCCUGUGGCAAUGGCAGCAACAACAAAAAAUGCAGUUGACAGAAUCUCAACAAUGAUGGUUGCAAAGGAAAUUUGUAGAAAAGCAUUUCCUUAAAUGGCCACAUUUCGAAGACUGUGCCAAUUCAGAUGGACUUUUAUUUUUUUCCCCACAUGUCAACUAUAUAUGACAAUGUGAAUUUGUUAUUGUGCUUCUUUUACAACUGCAUAUAUAUUUUGCACAGUGCUUGUAGUGAUAAAUGUGUAACUGUUAAACUGUGUCAAAAAUUAUACUGGAUGACAAGAUAACUGAAAAUGAGCUAGCAGGAUUAUGUAGGAAGCAAAUGUUAAAUUAGUGAUAAUACGGAGAUUCAGAAGCCAAGUUUUCUUUAGCAGAUGAUGCGUAAACUUGCAACAUUAUUGAAUCAAAUGAUACAAACUAUUAAAAUAUACAUAAUUUUUUUCAGUAACCAGUUGCAGUGACUGCUAAACUGGGAUAUGCCAUCAUCAUCUUAAGAAUGUCAGACGAUAACAACCUGUUCAUAAGACUGAAGUGCAGCCAGCACUUUUCUGAGUGGUCAUUAUGGCUGAAAUCUUACAAAUUCCCCACUAAAGAGUAUUUAGCUGGUCUGAAAAGACCGAGGAAUUUCUUUUACAGAUCUCUCUACUGCAGAAAAUUCCACAAGAGUAAUAUUUGACCCUUAAACUCCAAACAAACUGAAAAAUAAAUUUAAGGUGGUAUACAAUAACCGAAGUGAAUAUCAAUCAAAUUUUGUUAAUAAUGUCAUUCUGAUCACAGUAUUUCAGACAGAUUUAAAACUUACAGAGAUUUAUGCUCACUGAACUGUACAAAUAUUCCUUGACUGUUUCCGAUAGUUAAAUUAGAAGUGUGAAAUGUAAUUCACUUAAUGGAAGCAUAAGUAAGUGCCACUGCUUAAUGAAUUCUAUCUGUGGUUUGAAUGGUUAUCAACAGUUGUAUUAAUUGUAGUUCUUUUUUUCGAUAAAAAUGAUUAAUGAAACACACAUUAUCAUUCCAAGUGACAGGUAGAUACCUGUUUUGUUGUUUAGGCUCUAUAUGUCUGUUUCUUAUCUGGCAUACAUAUCACAGAGCAUAUGCAAAAGUGUCAUGCACCUGAUGUACCUUAAGUAACUGCAGGACUGUAACAUAUGAAAUUUAUAAACUUCUCACAAUAAUCAAUAUUCUAAUCACAGUAGCUGCUCCUGGCGUAUACAUGAGUAAUUACUUUGUCAUAUUACAUCAGAAACUGUACAAAAGUGUAGUGUGAAGUCCCCCACUGGGGGUAUAUGUGCAGACAAUGAUAACUGCAGCUUUUUUAAUUAGCUGUUUUUUCAUUUGUGUUCUGCUAUCUUUAUAUAAUAUUUAAAUUAACUAUUAUAAUUAUGUGAGUACAAUACAAGACUGUAAAUACAAUGAAUCAAUGUUUGAAAUGCUCAUAUUUUUAAUGUGCUUAAAAAUAUCUGAAAUAAAGUUUUGAUUUUUUGUCAA